AUGGCCCACAGCAAAGAUUCCGAAGCGGAACCUCGAGUUUUCGCCUUCGCCCGGGUCGCUUCCGCGGUCCUGACACACGUUGUCGGCAUAACGCUCACCGGCUUCGUCGCUGUUCUGGCUCGCCCUGGUACAAGUUGGUUUUCCUGGCAUCCAUUUUUCAUGACCCUCGCGUUCUCCUUCUUCAUGACAGAAGCCAUCCUCCUCUUCUCGCCCCACGGCUCCCCCCUGCGGAAGUUUUCCCACAAGGUGAAAGGUCGCGUUCACUGGCUGCUGCAGGUCGCCAGCGUGACCUGCGCGGCCCUCGGCCUGGCGGCCAUCUUUUACAACAAGCACCUGCACGGCAAGCCGCACUUUGCCUCCUGGCACGGUCUGCUGGGCGUCGUCACGGUGUGCGCGGCGGCGGUCCAGUCGCUGGGCGCUGUGCCCCUCAUCUAUCACUCUCUGGCCAAAGGCUGGUCUCUGGCCAAGCUCAAGAGGUACCACGCGGCGUCGGGGCUGGUCACGUACCUGCUCGGCAGCGUCAGCCUGCUUCUCGGCCUGACUUCCAAGUGGUUCACUGGGUCGGUCAGCGAUGCCGGUUGGUACCUGGCGGCGCUCUGUCCCGCUCUUAGUGCGCUCAUCAUCAUGAAUCAAGUCACCAGUGCUUAUGUGGCAAAGAAACGCUUGCAGUCCUAAUUGCCAUCAAUUAUAAACACAUUAGUGUGUUCAUGUGCUGAUGUUGAUAUAUGUAAUGUACUAUUAGCACAUUACUUACAUAUGAUGUACAAACUACAUACGUUAUAAAAGUACAUAUUGUGUACUUUAAUUUAUUUUUAAAUGAUGGCUUUUUACAUUUGAAAACAUCUGUACUUUCUACUCCUUUGUUAAAACGGGCUGAUUCUCUAGUUUUUCCCAACCUCAGUGGAUGACAACUGUGUCAAAAAGAUAAAUAGAAAGAAUUAAAGACAGUUGGAGUUGAAAUCUCGAUUGAGUGAUUUUGAUCUUGGGGAUUUCAUAAUUGCAAGCUAUUCCCCAUCCAUGGUUUUAUUUUAGCAAAUUGAUGCUAUUGGUGGGCGGGACGGUGGGUUUCCUGGAAACCAUUGGCCUCAUAGUUCUGAGGUGCUGGGUUCAAUCCCGGACCCGCUUGAAUGGAGUUUGCAUGUUCUCCCUGCGCCUGCGUGGCCGGGCUCUCCCCUUUCCUCCCACUUCCCAAAAUGCAACAUGCAAUAUUAAUUGGACAAUCUAAAUUGCCCCUAGGUGUGAUUGUGAGUGCAGCUGUUUGUCUCGAUGUGCCCUGCGAUUGGCUGGCAACCAGUUCAUGGUGUAGCCCGCCUCCUGACCGUUGACAGCUGGGAUAGGCUCCAGCACUCCCGCAACCCUUUGAGGAUAAGCAGCUAAGAAAAUGGAUGAAUGGAUGCUAUUGGUUUAGAAUGAUUUGUAGUGAAUGUGAAAAACAAGCUUAACCUGUUCAUAAAUUAUAAAUGGAAAAAACUACAACUAAGUACUGUAGAUUUUAUUCAGUAACCAUUAGCUAAUCUAGCAUUUUUUUCAGGGAGUUCACAAUGUUAGCAAAACGAUGUGAAUACGCUUUGAUAGCAUAAAAGCUGUAUCCAAUUGUAGCGAACUGUUGGUUUGAAAAACGUUUUUUCCUUGUGUCAAGUUAUAAAAAACAAGUAUUUUAUAUAAUUGACUAAGAGUCCACUUUUACUUUUGUACUUUGACUUUUAGCGUACUUUACCUUUUAUUCAAGAAUCAGUUUUUCUACUUUUGUCAUUUUUUUCACACCACUUUGACUUAAGUGCAGUACUUGAGUACUUUUGCCACCCCUGAUCCUAAUGAAGACUGCAAAAUGUAUUAAUAACAAUGUUGUUACUGAUACGUGUGCGGGGAUUGUUCUGCACACAAGCCCAUUUAUCUGCUGUAUUUACACAGGUAUUUUAUUUCAGUGUAUAGAACACACGUAUUAAUUGAUGUUUCCCAACCAUUGUUAUGUCUAAUAAUUGU